UCAAGAACUCCCCAAGACUCUAGUUUAAGCGCUCUCUCUCUCUCUCUCUCUCUCGACAGAAGAUACUGAAGCUGGAAGGGGGGCUUUGAUUGCAACCUCGAACCUUCCCCUUGUCUUUUGUCCCUUUUGAGUUUUGAGACUCAAGCCCAAGAGGGUUCUUUGCACUCUGAGAUCUGUUAUUGGGUCUUCAAGUUUUGAGCGUGUGGAAGCUUCUUUCGUUAGAUUUCUCUUUUUGGAGAGAGAUUUCUGCGUUUUUGAAAGCCUUUGUUUUUGUUGUUGAGGCAUUGAGGUUCCUAAGGUUGGCAUUUUUUGUGCUAAUAGUUGGUUCAAAGGGAUCACUUCCGUUGCUGGGAUCUUGAAGGCAGAGGUUUCCGUUGUGAAAUAUUUCAUCCUCUUGGAGAGGAAACAGAAGAAAGUUUGGAUUUUGGAAGAGAGGAAACAGAAGAAAGUUUGGAUUUUGGAAGAGAGGAAACAGAAGAAAGUUUGGAUUUUGGAAUGUGGGUUCUUGUUGGAAGACGGUGCUAUCCUUGAGAGCUGUUUUUAUUAGCGGAUUUUGAAGGAGUUUUUCUUUUGCUUUUUUUGGGGGGGAAUAUCUUAUUUCUUUGAGGAGACACAGAGGAUAGUUGCUAUUUUGGAAUGUGGGUUCUUCUUUGUUGUUGAAGAUUAGGGGACAGCAAGUAGUUUUCUUCUUCUUCUGAAGUUGCUAACGUAAAGUUUUUUUAAUUAAAACAUCAUCUUUUUGAGAGAAAUAAUAGAAGAAAUUUGCUGAAGAGUACUACUAGUCUUUGAAGAAAGGGAUGAUUUUGAACACCCUUUUGUGUUUUUUUGGUGAAGGAGGGGAAAAUAAGAAGAGGGGUUUGGGUUUAUUAAUUUUUGAAGUGUAAUGGUAGAAAAAGUUUGAGAACAAAGUAGAAAAAUAUCUGAAAAUGGCUGAGAAACCAGAAGAAAUUAGGUCAUUGGCACUGACACCCACUUGGUCAGUGGCCACUGUGUUGACAAUCUUUGUCGCGGUCUCUCUAGUCGUCGAACGAUCCAUUCAUCGAUUAAGUGCUUGGUUGAAGAAGACUCGCAGAAAUCCAUUAUUCGAAGCCCUGGAGAAGAUGAAAGAAGAAUUGAUGCUGUUGGGCUUCAUAUCUUUGCUCCUAACAGCCAGUUCAAGAACUAUCGCAAAUAUUUGUAUAGAUUCAAAGUUCUAUAACAAUACAUUUUCUCCUUGUUCCAAAUCUGAGAUUGAAGACACAACGGAAGUUGAGAAUGGCUCAUCUCAAGGCAGUAGAGCUAUUUACCACUCGUUUAAAAGGAUAUUGAGUGAAUUAAAUCACCAGACUUGUGCAGAGGGUUAUGAGCCAUUUGUUUCAUAUGAGGGUCUUGAGCAACUCCACAGAUUUAUCUUUGUGAUGGCCAUAACCCAUGUAUCUUACAGCUGUUUGACAAUGCUCUUGGCUAUUGUGAAGAUACAUACGUGGAGGAGAUGGGAAGAAGAGGCUCAUAGGGAUCGUCAUGAUUCAUAUGCGGAGAUCACCAGAGCAUUGACAAUGAGAAGGCAGUCGACAUUUGUGAAGUUCAAUGUCUCAAAUCGUUGGUCCAGAAGUGGCUUUUUUGUUUGGCUGACUUGUUUUUUCCGCCAAUUUGGACGGUCAGUUGUUCGAGCUGACUACCUUACUCUUCGUAGGGGUUUUAUCAUGAAUCACCAUCUUUCAUCCACCUAUGAUUUCCAUAGCUAUAUGAUACGCUCCAUGGAAGAAGAAUUUAAGAUGAUUGUUGGCGUAAGUUGGAAGCUGUGGGGUUUUGUCGUUGCUUUCAUGUUGUUCAACAUAAACGGUUCAAAUCUCUAUUUCUGGAUAGCCACCAUUCCUAUUGCUCUAGUUCUUCUCGUGGGCACAAAGCUUCAACAUGUCAUUGCAACUCUGGCACUGGAGAGUGUCGGCAUAAGUGGCCUUUUUAGCGGCGCAAAACUAAAGCCCCGUGAUGAUCUUUUUUGGUUUAAGAAACCGGAACUUUUGUUGUAUUUGAUCCAUUUCAUUCUUUUCCAGAAUGCAUUUGAGUUGGCUUCAUUUUUCUGGUUCUGGUGGCAAUUUGGGUAUUAUUCAUGCUUCAUGAGGAACCAUCAUCUAGUGUAUAUUCGCCUUAUUUUGGGGUUUGCCGGGCAGUUCCUAUGCAGCUACAGUACGUUACCUCUUUAUGCGCUUGUCACACAGAUGGGAUCAAACUACAAAGCUGCACUUAUCCCACAUAGGAUCAGAGAAACAAUGCAUGGAUGGGGCAAAGCAGCAAGAAGAAGAAGAAAACACCGCCGUUCAGUUGACGAUUCAACGACAAUACGUACAGAAACAAGCACGGUUUGCUCUCUAGAAGAAGGCGAUCAAGAAUUAUUCGAUAAUCCUAAUGAAAAUCCUUACGUACUCAUUGAGUUACAGACUACAGCUAACACUACUGCAACUACUACUGCUGCUACGACCCCGUUAAUUAGUGAGCACACUGCAGCCAGCGUGCGCAUACCUCUUCUUCAAUCAUCGGUUUCUGUUCCCUCGUCUCCGUCUCUUUCAGCUCGAGGAAAUGGGAUUUCGAGAUCAUAUUCAAUGCCUGCUUGGGGAGGUUGAAAUUUUUUCUGCAUUGGUUGGAUCUAACCAAUUGGUUGAAUACACAGUUUUUUUUUUCUUUUUUUGUGUAUAUGAAGGCAUAUGCUACUAAAAUGGGAGCAAAAUUGUUAAUAUUUGUGCUAUUGUGUGUGAACAAUGAACAUACUCUUGAGGAUUAAAUAAAAUGAUUGACAGGCUAUAGUCUCUGGUUAUCA